AUGGAGAUAGUAGAAGACAUGCUAGUGGAGGUGGGUGGAUGCAUCAUACCCACAGACUUCAUUGUUUUAGACAUAGAGGAGAAUCCCCAGAUCCCAAUCAUCCUUAGAAGACCAUUCCUUGCGACUGCUGUAGACAUCAUAGAUGUGAAGAACCACAAGUUAUCCAUGGAGAUUGGUAAGGAAAGACUAGAAUUCGAUUUAUCUGAUUCUUCUAACCGUGUCUCUUCUUUUCAGGAAAAUUUCAACAAGUCAGAUGUUCACAAAAUUGAGGAAUAUCGUUUCCAUGGGAGGCCACCUGAAGCAAUGCAGGAUUCGGCAAGAUUGGAGAGAUCAUCCCCGACUAAUUACGACAAGUUGUGCAUAGCCUCACGAGUUGACCAUGAUUAUUUCAUGGGUGUGAAGGUGUCGGAGGAAUCAAAGAUGAGUAAAUUCAGCCACUACGCAAGUCAAGAGGCAGAAGACCACUUACUUGGUGUUGUUCUGAAGACUCCUGCUGCUGCUAAUAAACAAUAUAUCAUUUUAGUAUUGACUACUGCUACUGCUUCGUCUAUGCAAGCUUCAUGUCCCUUGAACAAAAUACAAGAGAAUCAAAGUUUUCAACAAGGUUAUUUUAUUACUCCUAAAGGAAAGCGUGGUACAGAAGAAGAGUAUUUUUCAUCCAUUACUUCAAGGAAAGGAUCUGGAGCUAUAAACAUAAAAUUGCCCCAUUAUGGUAGUGCUUCUGGGAUUAACUAUGCUGUUACAGAAAUGGAGAACAAAGAUAUCAUCUCUAUUUGCAAUUGCAAAAUGAAGAUUGAUCAAGUCCGACUUCUUGAGGAUGCAAGCAACAUUGCAUAUGCAAAAACUGUUCAGGAAUUGCUAAAACAGAAACCUGAUGGAAACAAAUUUCCUCCUGCUCUGGAUGCUGUAAAAGAUCUCAAAUUGAAAGAUAUGGCUCUUGUGCAAAUGUAUCAUAUUUACAAUGAAUUUUUGCAAAAUAUGAGUGAGAACAAAUGCCAUGGUUGCACAAAGUUGAAUGAACAUAUCAUGUUGAUGAAGGAGCAAAGUAGGCACAAAGAAGAAGUCAAUGCUUUAAAAUUCCAAAUGUCAGAUGAUGCUCUUCAGCAAAUGCCAGACUUUCAAGGCCGGAUUGAUGUGCUCAAGGAGAUCUACUGUAUUGAUUCUGAUCUUGUUGUUCAAUUGAAGGGUCGGGUUGCAUGUGAAAUGAACUCUGGGGAGGAACUGAUAUGCACAGAAUGUUUGUUUGAGAACCAAUUGGAUGAUCUGGAACCUGAAGAGGCAGUUGCAAUUAUGUCUUCUCUUGUUUUCCAACAGAACAACACUACUGAACCAUCACUUACUCCUAAGCUGGCUUAUGCAAAAAAAAGGUUAUAUGAUACAGCGAUUAGAUUGGGUCAACUCCAGGCACAGUUUAAACUCUCUAUUGAUCCAGUGGAAUAUGCACGAGACAAUCUCAAGUUUGGCCUUGUUGAAGUUGUAUACGAAUGGGCAAAGGGAACCCCAUUUGCUGAUAUUUGUGAACUCACUGACGUACCUGAAGGUCUCAUAGUAAGAAGUAUUGUUAGACUGGAUGAAACAUGUCGUGAAUUCAAGAACGCAGCCUCAAUAAUGGGCAACUCCAGCCUUUACAAGAAGAUGGAAACAGCUUCAAAUGCUAUAAAACGUGACAUUGUUUUUGCAGCUAGCUUGUAUGUGACAGGAGUUUGAACACAGCUCUUGUUGCCAUUAAUCUUGUAUCAUCCUAGAAAUGGCACAAUAGAUUUCACUUGUCAUCGUAAAAAGACAAUUUCACACAUUCUUAAACAUUGUGUUAAUAGCAAAGUGUUUGUCUCAUUGGCUGUAAAUUGUUAGGAUUUUAUUAGUGUUAUCUACAUCUUGCUAAUAGUCAUCAAAUUUAAUUUGAA